GCUGGGUAGGGCAGGUAGGUCCCUUCAAGUUGACGAUAGUCACGUGUGACUUGCGGAGAGAGAGAGAGAGAGAGAGUGUGUGUGUGUGUUUGUGUGUGUGUAUGUGGUGCUAUCGAGGACCGGAAAAGCCUGAAUCCAAGCGUGGAAAUGUCGACGGGUUUGCGGGGUAACUAGUUCGAUCUGAAGCGACUCUUACCGAGGGAGGAACAAUCUUCGAAUUACACUCUAUCUACGAUCGGAAUCAUGGCUCCAUCGGUGACUGCAGCGGACCCUGAACCCGAGGCGAACAAACCCGGCAAGAGAUCCGACAUUCCACCGCAGCUACAGGUCCUCGGUAAGACCAAGGAUGGCAGGGAUCUGAAAGUGCGCCGAUACCCCAAAUUCCAGAGCCUGGAGGACGAGCGAGUAUACCGGAAGCAGCACCUGGCAGCGGCGUUUCGUCUUUUUGCGGAUCGUGGCUUCGACGAGGGUGUGGCGGGCCACAUCUCCGUCCGAGAUCCUAUUCUCACCGAUCAUUUCUGGAUCAACCCCCUCUCCGCACAUUUCUCUCUCAUCAAAGUCUCCGACCUGAUACUGGUGGACGAGGAUGGCUUGGUCGUCGAAGGCGAUGAGCCCAUCAACGCCCCCGCGUUCGCCAUCCACUCGGAGAUCCACAAAGCCCGACCGGAUGUGAACGCCGCGUGCCAUGCCCACAGCGUCGCGGGCAAGGCCUUUUCGUGCUUUGGCCGCGAGCUGGAGAUGAUCACGCAGGACGCACUGCGGUUCUACAAGAGCCAUGGCGUCUACCGGGACUUCAAAGGUGUGGUUCUAGACCGGGAGGAGGGACAGCGGAUCGUCGCCGCUUUGGGUGGGGGAAAAGCGGUGAUUCUGCAGAACCAUGGCCUGCUGACGGUAGGGGAGAGUGUCGAUGAAGCGGCAUUCUGGUUUAUCAGUCUGGACAAAACCUGCCAGGCUCAACUCCUGGCCGAUGCGGCAUCCGCAGCGGGGUACGAGAAGAUCAUUAUUGACGAAGAGGAGGCUUCUUAUGCGGCCUUGCAGGUUGGGGGGCCGGAGAAAGGAUGGUUGGCUUUUCAACCUUACUAUGAUGAGCAAGUUGCGAAAACGAAGGGCGGAUUCCUUCUGUGAAGUGAUUCGGAUCAUAUGACGAGCCAGGGAUGUUUGGCGGUUGGGCGCGAAAGAUCCCGGACUAUGAAUCUAUGCUGGAGUAUGGUCCACUUGCCAAGCCUAUUGAUCAGGAGGAAGCUGGUCGAAGAGCCACCAAUCCAUCAUGAUCACCUCCAAUGAUGCAAAGGAUUCACGGGGGUCAACCCUUGGUUUCGAUGAUCAGCUUUUAUUCAUUGAUAGUGACAUUAGGAUGAGCCAU